AUGCGACAGUACAACAUUGAGAAGUAUAGAAAUGAUGAGCACUGUAGGAAAGCAAUGCAAGAAUACAGCAUUACCAAGUAUAAAAAAGAUGAAGAUCAUAGAAAAGCAGUACAAAAAUACAGCAUUAACAAGUAUAAAAAAGAUGAAGAUCACAGAAAAGCAGUACAAAAAUACAGCAUUAACAAGUAUAAAAAAGAUGAAGAUCAUAGAAAAGCAGUACAAAAAUACAGCAUUAACAAGUAUAAAAAAGAUAAAGAUCAUAGAAAAGCAGUACAAAAAUACAGCAUUAACAAGUAUAAAAAAGAUGAAGAUCAUAGAAAAGCAGUACAAAAAUACAGCAUUAACAAGUAUAAAAAAGAUGAAGAUCAUAGAAAAGCAGUACAAAAAACAUAA